AACAUUGAUUCAAUUUUCUUCGGUUCUAAUUCUCUUCCUCCGGAUUUCAAUUAUUACGAAAAUGAAAUUUGGCAAUUCGUUGACUCAUUCUGGCCUCAAUAUCUCUCUGGUCGUCAACGACGCCGUCGGCGACGAUGGCGAUUUUCCGACGCCGAGCAGUACGGAUUCCUCCAAUAGCCGGCAGGACGGCGACGGGUCUCCGGCGAGCUUGUCGCCGUGGAACCAGACCUAUCCCUUCAUGAAAUCUCCCUGUUUUUCCCAAUUCCGAUACGGCGGCGCCCACCGGAAUAACAAUUCUCUCAUUGGGUCUCUUGUCCGCGAGGAAGGCCACGUGUACUCGCUCGCCACCGCCGGCGAGCUGCUCUACACCGGCUCCGACAGCAGAAACAUUCGGGUCUGGAAAAAUCUUAAGGAAUUUAACGGAUUCAAAUCGAGCAGCGGAUUGGUUAAGGCAAUUGUAAUCUCCGGCGAGAAGAUCUUCACCGGUCACCAAGACGGGAAAAUUCGGGUGUGGAAAAAGGACCCAAGCGGCGGUCACCGGCGGGCAGGGACGUUACCGGCGAUGAGAGACAUACUGAGAAGCUCCAUAAACCCCCAAAACUACGUCGUUGUGAGACGAAACCGGAGCCGGCUUUGGUUUAAGCACGCCGAUGCGGUUUCGAGCCUGAGCCUGAGCGAAGAUAGAACAUUAUUGUACUCCUGCUCAUGGGAUGCAACUUUGAAAGUGUGGAGAAUUUCAGAUUCCAAGUGCCUGGAAUCACUUACUGUCCACGACGAUGCUGUAAAUGCAGUCGUGGCAGCACCAGAUGGCCUCGUCAUUACCGGCUCAGCAGAUGGCACUGCUAAGGUAUGGAGGAGGCAGCAUGAAGAAUCGAACGACGCAACAAAACACAUAUUGGAGCAAACGCUGCUGAAGCAAGAAAGUGCGGUGACGGCGGUGGCCGUGAACGCCGCCGGUACGGUGGUGUACUGCGGAUCCUCCGACGGGCUGGUCAACUUCUGGGACCAAGAAAAGCGGUUGACUUACGGCGGAGUCCUCAAGGGCCACAGCCUAGCGGUUCUCUGCCUCGCGGCGGCCGGAAACCACAUGGUUCUGAGCGGCUCCGCCGAUAAAACCAUAUGCGUGUGGCGGAGGGAGGGGCUGUGCCACACGUGCGUAUCGGUGCUGACGGGGUACACCGGCCCCGUAAAAUGCCUCGCCGUGGAGGAAGACAAACACGGCGGCCGGCGGUGGAUUGCGUACAGCGGUAGCCUUGACAGAUCGGUGAAGGUGUGGGGCGUUUCAGACGGCGUCGGCGGCUGAUCGGAAGAGGAAUACGGUAACACGUAAUCAGCAACGGAACAAAUGAAAAGCUGCCACGUAAGCUGGAAACCAUAUCAUUAAAUUGUAUAGUUUGCAUGCUAGGUGUGUCGUGACACGUGGAGAAUGUAAUGAUUUUGGAAUGGAAGAUCAGUGAAAAAUUUGUCAUACAGAGAGUUAAAAGCAUUA